CGCCCGUCGGCGGGAGGUGACGGCGGAGCCAUGGCGGACCGGCUAACGCAGCUGCAGGACGCGGUUAACUCGCUCGCAGACCAGUUCUGUAAUGCCAUUGGAGUGCUCCAGCAGUGUGGUCCCCCAGCCUCCUUCAGCAACAUCCAGACAGCAAUAAACAAAGAUCAGCCUGCUAAUCCAACGGAAGAGUACGCCCAGCUGUUUGCAGCAUUGAUUGCACGAACUGCAAAAGAUAUUGAUGUUCUAAUAGAUUCCCUGCCGAGUGAAGAAUCAACAGCAGCUUUGCAGGCCGCUAGCCUGCAUCGGUUAGAAGAAGAGAACCACGAGGCAGCUGCCCGUCUGGAAGAGGUAGUUUACCGUGGGGAUUUGCUGCUGGAAAAGAUCCAGAGUGCCCUGGCAGACAUCGCCCAGUCGCAGCUGAAGACGAGGAGCGGUUCCCAUAGCCAGCCCCUUCCCGACUCGUAGCGCCAGAGGGCAGCGCACCCCGCAGAAAAGUCCUCACAAACCACGGCUCUGUGACGCCCAGCCCAACCCUGCGGGACACUCGAGUACUCUGCGGUAGCAGCUGCUUUUUUCACAGCUCAAACUGUGGAUUUUGUGUGAGAAAUGCUCCUGCUGUACAAGCGGUGGUUCUGUUCUACAAUUAUGUGUACUGAUGUAUAUUUCCUUGAUUUCAAAUAUUAAUUUCUUAGCUUUCUUUUCUGUUCAUAAAGACAUCUGACUAUAGUCUGAUUUGUUGCCUUGAUUACACAGGCCUUAGUGCCUAAAGGGAGUUCGAAAGGAAAAUAUAUUAAGAAUAUUUGUGUAACUUGCACAUACUUUCAGGCUUUUAUGUUCUUAGUGUAUGUUUUGUAAGGCUCAGACAAACACACUUGAAUUAGCAGAGUUCCAUGGAGACAGUGCUAGACAAGGAUGUGAAUACAGUGGUGGCCCUUUGUUUUAAUUAACAGAAAUGGGAAUUAAACAUUUGUAUCACUACUUGGCUAGUUUACCACCCUUUACAAAGCAAGUAAAGGGAUAAGUAAACUGAUGUUUGCAGCACGGUGUUCUUGCCAUUGGCAUCUCAUUUAACAACAUCUGCAAAUAUCUGAUAUUAGCAUUUAUUAUUGUUUGUAAUUCAACAAUGGGUCUUUGAGUCCAUUACUGCCACUUACUGACAAUGCUUACUCUUAUUUGCUUGUGUUACUUUAUUGCUUCUGCUGAUAUUCUGCAUUCUUGUGGCAAGUGGUGAACGUCUCCAAAGCAGACAGCAAUGAAGAAGCCCUGGAUGACUGGGAAGAAAUUAGCAAUGAGGAAACUGAAAAUAACUUAUUAUGUAAUGUUGCUUUUCAGUGUAAGCGGUGGCUGCCACAUGAAUGCUACAAUCAGAAGCAGCAAGAGGCCUGUCAUCCCCAAUGUGGGGUUUAUCUUCAUGCACUGAAUCAUUGAAUGCUCUUAGCAGCAGAAAUACCAGCAACUCUUUUUAUACUGGGGGAGGGAGGGGAGAAACAGCCACCAGGUAAUGUAGGGUUAUGUGUGUGAACUUGGAGUUGACCUGUGAGUAAUUUUCUGUAAUUCUGAGUUAGCAGCCUUGCAUUGCUGUAGGAUGCUAUUUAUUGCCAUGUAAUAGCUGGUGAUUUCCUGAUCAAAACUGCCUCCUGCUGUAUAUUGGAUAACUGUCAUUAACUUGAAAGUUACGUGUGUUGCUGUUGCCUACGGACAGAUAAGAGCAAUUCAAGUAUGUUUUUAGCAUGUUGAUUCUUACAGAACUAGAUGCAGCUGCGCACUUGUGAAAGGAGGGGUGUAACAUAAUAGCACAGGAUACAUCUUGUAUACAGCCUGGUUUGAGGAUUUAAAAAAUACAAAGCUGUUCCUGCCUGUAACAAAUACAAAAACUGCAGUAUUUAAUUGGGCUGAUACUUAAUUAAAUAUUUAAUAUUAUUCUGUCAAAUUUGCAUAUCUAUAGUCAUAAAUUUAAUCUGCUCUUGUGAGGCUUUUGUACUAUCCAGAUUCUACAAGAGGAAAACCAGUUGGAGAAGUGAACAGGCUACAGCAGAGCCACGGUUCUGUAAUAGAGUCUUAAGAAGAGUAAUGGCAGUGGUGAAUAACUAAGCCAUGUGAAUAUGCCCAUGUUCUAGGAAGUAUUGAGGGGUCAGAUUUUAAUUUGAAGUCAGUCCUGGGGCCUGGUUUUGAUUGGGGUGUUUUUUUAACUGGAAAAAGUGCAUCUAGUGCAUCUCAGGGUGGGAGUGAGGCCGAUUUUGUUGUUGCUUCUUUUUAAAAUAGCAAAUUUAGAAAACUUAGAAAUGUUUGGGCUUUGCUUGUGGAUUUUUAUGUGGUUUAAAUUUGAGAUGUCUUGAGAUUUUUACACUUCUGCAAAAGGGAUUUGGUCUUAGUAAAUUCCCUGGCAUAGCUCAACAUGUGCAUCAAUUCAAACCUGCGAACCUGGAAACUUUUGCUGUGGGAGAUGAUGUACAUCUUCAGGAACAAUAGAAUUCUUUCAAUUUCAUAUUUUUUCUAGUUUUCCUACUUGAAAACUGCUGUAUUUCUGCUGUUGCUUAACUCUAUAAGGUUUUUCUUUCAGUUGCUGGUUGUUUGAACAUGCUACCCCACUUUAAAUGUGUGUCUGUAUCAGUUAAUUGCAUUUUGAAGUAAACCUUAACCAGAGGUUUAAGUA